AUGUCUUACAAUUACGACGGUGGCUACAGGAACAGCGGUUAUAAGUCCAACAACUACUCAAGCAAUGACCGCUACUCAAAUGGCAACAACUACAGAAACAACAACUCUAAUUCCUCUUACCGCAACAACAACGGUAACUCCUCCUUUGGCAGUGACCUAACCAAACCAGACUGGGACUUGUCCACCCUUUUGAAAUUUGAAAAAAACUUCUACAUUGAAAAUGACAUUGUCAAAAAUCGUUCAAACGACCAAGUCGAGCUGUUCAGAGCAACUAACCAAAUGAUUUGCUACGGGCAUGAUGUCCCCAAACCCGUUGAAUCCUUUGAUGAAGUAGGUUUCCCAGAUUACGUCCUACAGGAAAUCAAAGCUGAAGGCUUUGAUAGCCCAACUCCCAUCCAGUGUCAAGGUUGGCCAAUGGCCUUGUCUGGUAGAGACAUGAUUGGUAUUGCCGCCACUGGCUCAGGUAAAACCCUUUCCUACAUCCUACCGGCUAUCGUCCACAUAAACGCUCAACCGUUAUUAAACUAUGGUGAUGGUCCAAUUGUCCUUGUUCUAGCUCCAACAAGAGAACUAGCUGUCCAAAUCAAGGACGAGUGCAGCAAAUUCGGUAAAACUUCUCAAAUCAAAAACACUUGUGUUUACGGUGGUGCUCCAAAGGGUCCCCAAAUCAGAGACCUAGCUAGAGGUGCUGAAAUCGUCAUUGCCACUCCCGGUAGAUUGAUCGAUAUGCUAGAACAAAGAAAGACAAACUUAAGAAGAGUCACCUACUUGGUCCUUGAUGAAGCUGACAGAAUGUUAGAUAUGGGUUUCGAACCCCAAAUCAGAAAAAUCGUCGACCAAAUUCGUCCUGACCGUCAAACCCUCAUGUGGUCUGCGACCUGGCCCUUAUCUGUCCAACAGUUGGCCCACGACUACUUGAACGAUUAUAUCCAAGUUAACAUUGGUUCCUUAGAGCUAACCGCUUCUCAUAACAUUACUCAAAUCAUCAAAGUCACCACUGAGUUUGAAAAAAGAGAACUAUUAUUGGACCAUUUGUCUGAAGCUAUAAAGGACAAAGAAGCUAAAAUCCUAGUAUUUGCCGCUACUAAAAGAGCUUGUGAUGAGCUAACAACAGUCUUAAGAAAAGAUGGUUGGCCCGCUUUAGCUAUUCAUGGUGAUAAAAUUCAGUCUGAAAGAGAUUGGGUUUUAAGUCAAUUUAAAAAUGGUUUAAGUCAAAUCAUGAUUGCAACUGAUGUUGCCGCUCGUGGUAUUGAUGUUAAAAAUAUCAGCUAUGUUAUCAACUACGAUAUGCCUGGUAAUAUCGAAGAUUAUGUUCACAGAAUUGGUAGAACCGGUAGAGGUGGCUCAACUGGUACUGCCAUUUCCUUCUUUAGUGACUCCAACUCAAAACUAGCUGGUCCUUUGCUCAAGAUUCUCGCUGAAGCUAACCAAGAAAUUCCUCCAGAUCUACAAAGCAUGGGCUAUCGUGGAGGUGGCUACGGAGGUGGUCGUGGCUUUGGUGGUCGUGGUCGUGGAGGCGGUCGUGGCCGUGGAGGCAGAGGCGGCAGAGGUGGUCGUGGUGGAUUUGGUGGUAGAUCCAAUGGCUUCAGCAAUGGCGGUGGAAGUGGUGGAGGUUAUAACUCUCGUUACUAA